AUGGCCACAGCAUCCCGUCCAACCCCAACGAAUCCACACCCAGCCGACUUUGGUCCCAAUGUGCACAUCUUCGAUCCGUCCAUCCCCAUGACAGAUAUAACCUCGACCAUAGCUCCCAUCUUCCAGAGUCAAGACACCAACCAAUUUGGUUCAGGGCGUUAUGCAUAUUUCUUCAAACCAGGAUCAUACAACCUGAGUGUGGAUGUAGGUUACUACAUGACUGUGCACGGAUUGGGCCAUUCGCCCAACGAUGUGACAAUCACCGGUGGCGUACAAUCCCUCGCCACCAGUACACAAGGCUUGGCUCUGAACAGUUUCUGGCGCGGCGUCGAGAAUCUCUCAAUCGUGCCUACUACCAAUGGAGACAUCAGCGGCUGGGCGGUCUCUCAGGCCACGUUCUUGCGCCGAGUGCACAUUGUCCACGGACAACUUUUUCUCUUCGACUGGCGCUAUCCAAUCAACUAUUCCAGCGGCGGCUUCAUCGCAGACUCGCUCAUCGACAAUCAGAUCGUUUCCGGCUCCCAGCAGCAAUUCUUAACUCGCAACACGACUCUCACAAACUGGAAUGGUGGUGUCUGGAACAUGGUCUUCGUCGGCGACAACCAGCCUCCAUCUGGAGCAUGGCCCGAUCAACCUUUCACGGUGAUCGACAAGACCCCCGUGAUCCGCGAAAAGCCCUAUCUUAUCUUCAACAAUGACUAUGCAGUGCAAGUUCCGAAUGUGAAGAGGGAUAGCCAGGGUCCAAGCUGGUCCAACACUCCUGACUCUGCCACGACGCUACCAAUCAGUCAGUUCUACAUCGCAAAAGCAGCCACAGACACCGCCGAUUCCAUCAACGACGCCCUGCAAGAAGGCUACCACUUAAUUCUUACGCCAGGUGUCUAUCAUCUCUCUAGAAGCCUGGAGGUCAAAUACCCUAGCACCGUGAUCUUGGGUCUCGGAAUGGCGACAUUGAUCCCUGACAACGGCACACCGGCCAUGGUCGACGAUGUCGACGGUGUAUCAAUCAGCGGGAUCAUCUUUGAAGCAGGUCCGAUUCGUUCUUCCCAACUUCUGGUAGUAGGAGGUGCGAACUGUACAAAUGACCACAGCGCAAAUCCUACGGCUUUGUUCGAUCUCUGCUGCCGUGUCGGAGGCGCAGCAGCAGGAUCGACCCUGAAUUGCAUCACCAUUAACUCCAAUAACGUCAUCCUCGACAACAUCUGGAUCUGGCGCGCAGACCACGGCAACCCUGGUGCCGCCGGCUGGACUGUCAAUCCGGCCGAGAACGGGCUGACGGUCGAGGGCCAAAACGUGGUCGCCUACGGCCUCUUCGUUGAGCACUUUCAGAAGGUCCAGACGGCUUGGAACAGCAACGGUGGACAGGUCUAUAUGUACCAGUCUGAGAUCCCGUAUGAUCCCCCUGACCAGUCGUCAUGGCAACAGCCUGGUGGAAGCAAGGGCUACGCAUCGUACAAAGUAGGUGAUCAGGUCAGCUCCCAUAACGCCAAGGGUCUUGGGAUCUACUGCAAUUUCGACAACCUGGUCGAGCUCGACAACGCCAUCGAGGCACCGACUGGAGCGGGCAUCCAGUUUAGCCACCUGACUACGCAGUGGCUGAAUGGAAAGCCGUUUAGCGCCAUCAAUCACAUCAUCAACGGGACAGGUGAUCGCGUGUAUGACAAUGGACGGAAUUUGAAUGCAAAAUCAUCUACUUGA